AUGCGUCUUCUGGCUCUUCUUACCUUUCUCAGGACUUCAAGGGCCCUGCUUGUCCCCUCUCCCCCAGGCCCCUAUAAUGUCGCCGUUAAAAACUUCGAGCUGAUCGAUAUAAACCGUAUCGACACAUUUGCCCCUAUAACCAAUACAAAGCGUCGUCUCAUGGUCUCGGCCUACCUCCCCAUGGACGCCCAAUACUGCUGUAAAGCUGAGGUUGUUCCAUAUGUUCCUGCCCUUACAGCAAAGGCCUAUGGCAAGGUGGCUGGAACUCUUGGCCUACCUGACAACAUAGUCAAGGACUUUGAGAUGAAGGUUUGCAAUAUCUCAACUGUCAAACCAAAGAGAUUUCACAAGCCGAAGAAGGAAUACCCCGUCGCGCUUUUCUCACCUGGUUACCAAGGCUCAAGGCUUGUGUAUGGGGCCAUGGCGAGGUCACUUGCAAGUCUUGGGUACAUCAUUCUUACCGUGGACCAUACUUAUGAAGCCUUUGUGGUUGAGUUCCCCGAGGGGACGGCUGCACCUGCUGCUGAGUUUCCGGAUAACAUGAACUCGACAUAUCGACAGCUCGAGGUCCGAACUAAAGAUGAGUCAUUUGUCAUCUCACAACUCUGCAACCAUACGCUCGUGGAGCAGGUCUUCGGUGACUUCCCUGGUACCUUUGACCCUCACAGAGUUGCUGUAUAUGGUCACUCCUUUGGUGGAUCAACUGCCGCCGUCACAGCUCAACGCGACCGCCGUGUCUUUGGAGGUCUCAACUUUGACGGUCCCAUGUACGGAUCCGUCGUUGAAGAAGGCCUCAAGUCCACGCCCUAUAUACUCGUUGGAACAAACAUGACGUCUGAUCCAGUGCCUGGUUGGAAUGCAUUCUACGACAAGAUUAAUGCUGCCAAGAUGGAGAUGGUGGUGAAGCAUACACGUCACUAUGCAUUUACCGAUGUUCCACUGCUUUUGACCAAGUUUAAGAUCCCAGCCAAGUCAGAAGCUAUGGUGCAUGAGGUAUUUGGGACGCUUGGUGGAAGGAAGGUUGAGAAGGCAGCGAAUGAGAUUGUGGUUGGAUUCUUGGAGUUGGUGUUUAAAAAGGAUGCCAAGAAGCUCAAAGAUAUUGGCAGAAAGGAUGGCAUUCACGUUCUACAACGCGAUCUUACAUAG